AUGGCGGACAGCCAGCCACUGGGCCCGGGCUCCACAAUAACAACACCGUCAUCGCAGGACCCGAAACCACCAAAGUCACACUCGUGCGUCACCUGUCAGCGGAGAAAAGUCAAGUGCAGCAGGCAACAACCGUGUGCUGGGUGCGCUAGAAAUGGGGUGCAGUGUGUCUACCGCUCUCCCGAACGUCCUCGGCGGCGAAAGAGGAACAACCCUGAAGCCAUUCUGGCGGCGCGUCUAGAAAGGUACGAAGAAGUGCUGAGACAGAACAGCAUCGAUCCAGACGCUUGCUCGCCUACGCUUGCAGUGCCCUCGCCGGGCCAUGGGGGCGUGAUUUCAACGCCGGUGGCUUCUGUCGCCGAGCUAGCUAAUCCAAGAGGGUCUCUGUCGGCUCCUCGUGCGAGCAAUCCGAGUCAUGCUGAGUCGCGGAGAUUGGUCUCCAAAAAAGGAAGCUCGGUAUAUCUUGAUAGCAAUCUAUGGACGGGUGUGCGCGACGAGUUACAGGAAGCACAAGAUGCCAUACAGGAGUCGUCGUCUUCUGCCGACUCUGACGAGUCCGGCCAAAACGACAAUUCCCCGGCCCUUGAUGAUGAAUCAGGUUUGAUUUUCGGUCCGCCAGGACGCACCACCCUCAGUUCCAUCCAUCCAAACCCGGUGCAUAUAUUCAAGCUCUGGCAGACGUUUCUCGAGAACGUUAAUCCACUCAUUAGAAUUCUGCACGCACCGGUCGUGCAGCAGCAGAUCUUGGAGGCCGCUGGAGACCUGCACGCAGUCAGCAAAGAGAUGGAGGCGCUGAUGUUCUCAAUCUACUGCAUUUCGGUGAUUUCCCUGGGCGAGGACGAGGUAAAGCGUUCCUAUGGCGAGUCGCGCGCCACCCUGAUCUCGAGGUACAAGCGCAGCACAGAAACGGCCCUUCGCAACGCCGGGCUGCUAAAGACUUCCAACAUGGUGUUGCUGCAAGCCUUCUUGCUAUAUCUGGUAAUGCAUAAAUCCCCUUGCUGA